ACCCGGAGAGCCAUCAGCAUCUGCAAGACCCACAAUGGCUAGGCUCUGUGCUUUCCUCAUGUUCCUGAUAGUGAUGAGCCGCUGGUCAACCUGUUCUCUAGCAUGUGACCUGCCUCACACUCAUAACCUCAGGAACAAGAGAGCCUUGACAAUCCUGGCACAAAUGAGGAGACUCUCCCCUCUCUCUUGUCUGAAGGACAGAAAGGACUUUGGAUUCCCCUUGGAGAAGGUGGAUGCCCAGCAGAUCCAGAAGGUUCAAGCCAUCCCUGUCCUGCAAGAUCUUUCCCAGCAGAUCUUGAACCUCUUCACAUCAAAGGACUCAUCUGCUGCUUGGAAUGCAACCCUCCUAGACUCAUUCUGCAAUGACCUCCACCAGCAACUCAGUGACCUCAAAGCCUGUCUGAUGCAGGAGGAGGGGGUGCAGGAAACUACCCUGACCCAGGAAGACUCCCUCCUGGCUGUGAGGAAAUACUUCCACAGGAUCACUGUGUACCUGAGAGAGAAGAAACACAGCCCCUGUGCCUGGGAGGUGGUCAGAGCAGAAGUCUGGAGAGCCCUGUCUUCCUCUGCCAACUUGCUUAAAAGACUGACUGAGAAAAAGGAGUGAGUCCUGAGACAAAGUGUGGAAAAUUCUCCCCUGGACUAGAACAUUGCAUCUCACAUUAUAAGCUCUUCUUUAAAAACUCUCACUAUUUUCAGUAAGAAUACAAUCAACUUGCCUAGAUGUUUUAGCAAUACUGAGCAAUUAUUUUCAAUAUGUAAAACCAUGUUUGUAUCUGCACCCAUUUGUUCUUAUUUAUUUAUUUAUUUUUAUUUAUUGAUUUAUUUAUUGUGCUAGCAAUACAAUUUAAGGUAAUUAUGUUAAAUACUUCAGUCUUAUAUUUUUAAUGUAGCAAAUUAUCAUUUGUAAUUAACUUAUUUUGUGUUCAAAUAAAUUUGCUUU